GUCGAGUAUGAAAGUGUCUUCUUCAACGGGUCUCUCGCCCAUCCAUCUGAAUACCGAGGACCUCCCAGCCCGUACAUAGAUGCUGCCUGGGGGAGACUCACCGGGCAUGUACUACCAGUGCGUAUUACAGACGACACGCUAACCAGAAUUGGCAUGGCACAUCGACCCUCGAUUGUUAGCUACCGCGAGGAGGAUGGAGGCGGAUACGUGGCUAUAAUCGAGGUCAGCCAUCAGAUACAUUGUUUGGAUAUGCUGCGCAGACAUACGUAUUUUGAUUACUAUGAACCCAUCAAACACUCCAUUCCGCCUGGAGAUGCAGAGUUCUACCGAAUUCACCUCGAUCAUUGUAUUGAGAUGCUUAGACAGAGAAUUCUGUGUACGGGAGAUGUAGGUAUGAUUACCUUCGACUGGGUGAAGGGCCACAAGAAACCGUACCCCAACUUCAACACGUUGCACGUGUGCAGGAAGUUGGACAAUAUCCUGGAUUGGAGCGCACGGCACGCUGUUGACAUAACAGUCGAAGAUUUGGCCCGGACUGGCGAGGUGAUCGAUUUGGCUGAAGUUCCGUAG